GAGCUACGGAGCCGCUGCUCCAACGGCUAUCCACGCGAUGUGUUAAAAAAAUCACGCGAUAGUGGCCACUUAUUUAUCAGAAUUCCCGAAAGAUGGCGGCAGCGCCUCCUGAUGAGGCUAGCCUGCAGUCUCGCAUCAACAAGGCCACCAACCCAUUGAAUAAGGAGACUGACUGGGACAAUAUCAAGGGAUUUUGUGAUCAGCUCAGCAAUGAACCAGAAGGUCCCCAGCUUGCAACCAGACUUCUGGCCCACAAAAUCCAGUCUCCUCAGGAGUGGGAGGCUAUGCAAGCGCUUAUGGUUCUUGAGACGUGCAUGAAGAACUGUGGAAAGCGAUUUCACAGUGAAGUGGGAAAGUUUCGCUUUCUCAAUGAGCUCAUCAAGGUGGUCUCACCCAAGUAUUUGGGUGCCCGGGCUCCAGAGCCAGUGAAGAAGAAGGUGUUAGAAAUGGUGUACAGCUGGACGGUGAGGCUGCCUGAUGAGACCAAGAUAGCAGACGCCUAUCAGAUGCUGAAGAAACAGGGAAUUGUCAAGCUGGAUCCUGCGCUUCCUGAUGACAAGCCCCUCCCACCCCCUCCGCCUAGAGUCACAAGUGCUGUCUUUGAGGAUGAGGAGAAAUCCAAGAUGCUGUCUCGCUUAUUGAACAGCACUCACCCAGAGGAUCUACGAGCAGCAAACAAGCUCAUUAAGGAAAUGGUCCAGGAGGACCAAAAGCGUGUGGAGAAGGUUUCAAAGAGAGUAAACGCCAUCCAGGAGGUGAAAGAGAGUGUCAGCCUGCUGAGCCAGCUGCUGGAGGGCUACAGCCAGGAGAGCAGCUCCCAGAGCAACCAGGAGCUCAUUAAGGAUCUUUACCAACGCUGUGAAAAGAUGAGGCCUACACUAUUCCGAUUAGCAAGUGAUACAGAGGAUAGUGAUGAAGCUUUAGCGGAUAUCUUACAGGCCAAUGACAGCCUGACACAGGUCAUCAACCUGUACAGACAGCUGGUAAAGGGGGAGGAUGUGACAAAGGAUGGUAUAACCAUGCCCUCACAACCAGGCAGCAGUAGCUCAGCACUCGUUGACCUGAUGGGACUUAACGCAUCAGCCAACCCAGAGCCCUCCAGCUUACAGCCCCUGACUCAAAACAUGGGCAUCAGCCUCUUGGACGAUGAACUCAUGUCACUGGGACUGAAUGUAACGGAAAACUGCGACUCUCAGAACACUUUUCAGGUGCAAGUUUGUUCUGAUGGCACAGAAUCAUCUGCUACUUCCGCCCCUGCUGCCGUGUUGCUACCAGCUGUGGUCCAAACACUGCAGGCUCCACCAGUAGGGGGCCCCACUGCUCCUCCUAAAUCCAUGGAAGAGUUGGACAUGUUGGGGAAGACAUUGUUACAGCAGUCCCUACCUCCAGAGAGCCAGCAGGUCAAAUGGGAUAAGGUCCAGCCUCAUUCCAGAGUCACUUUACGAGAUCUGCAGAAGUCCAGCACCAACUCUAGACCUUCCCCUAACGCAACCACCACCUCCGCUAGUCCUGCACCUGCUCCUGCUCCGGGACCCACGUCCAGCCUGGCCAUCCAUCCAGAGCAGCCUGACACACUCCUCUUCUCCAAUCUUAGUCUCACAGCUGCUGAGAAAGGCUCAUUAGCUGCUGCUGACCCCUACAACAACAUCUCUCUAGCUGACGUUACCAUGCCUCUGGAAGCAAUCAAACCUAGCAGCUUAUUACCAGUGACUGUAUUCGACAAACACAGUCUCCGGGUUUUGUUCACCUUUGCCCGUGACUGUCCUCCAUCACGGCCUGAUGUGCUGGUGGUGAUCAUCUCCAUGCUGUCCUCUGCCCCCAUUCCUGUUACCAACAUCCGCUUUCAGGCAGCUGUACCAAAGGUGAUGAAAGUAAAGCUGCAGCCUCCCUCUAGCACUGAGCUCCCAGCCUUCAAUCCCAUCCUGCCUCCAGCCGCCGUCACACAGAUCCUGCUGUUGGCUAACCCUCACAAGGAAAAAGUACGUUUGCGGUACAAGCUGACAUUCAACCUGGGGGACACAUCUCAUGAUGAAUCUGGUGAUGUGGACCAGUUCCCGCCUCCAAACACCUGGGGCAGCCUUUACUGAGAAUGACCAACCUCCUGUCAUCUGCUGCUUCCUUUUAGAUUUAGGGUGAAGUUGUCCCUCAUUGCUGGCUUGAGGCAAGACUGCCUCUUCACACUUCACUGGUUUCAAACUCCAGUUUGGUAAUACAAACUGACACGAGACCAGUUGUGGGAGCCAGCUUCUACCUUGUGCCUUCCUUUGCAGCCUUCCUGUCCUUAUUUGAUCAUCUCUGUGUUCCUGUGUUUUGCAGCUACUUUUUCUUCUUCCAACAAUCAGUCCAACGCAAACUAUAAAGCAAACUGUCAAACAUUGAUUCAAUGCAGUGACUUUUGGGGAAACAAGUUGAGCCUUUUUAAAAACCGAAUGUGUGCAUUUGUCUUGAUUUACGUACUGUUUAACAAUCCUCCCGGAUGUCCCAUGUCAUGAAUUUCAAGUAACAGCUGGUGUUGUGCAUUAUUUCUGUUUUUUGCAAAACCCCAAUGCUCAACCUAAAGCAAGUGUCUGAAUGUGAGACAUUUUUGCUCACGCUCACCAAACUUAGGAAUGCAUCAGAGUAUUGUCACAGUUUGUGCGUCCAGUGUUUAUUCUGAGUGUUCAGAGUAGGGUUGCAACAAAUCAUUAUUUUAUUUCAGUCCAUUAAUAAUGUUUAAGUCAGUUAAAUGCUUAAAGUGUUAUCUUUAAUGUGUUUACAGUAUGGCCAACAGCCAAAACACCCAAUGUAUUCAACCUGGAAAAGUUGAUAUUUCUACCUGAUAAAUAACAUAAUUAUCAGAAUUGGAAUUCAUUUCCUAUCAAAUGAUGGAUUGGCUAAUUGUUUCAGCCCUACUUCAAGGAAGAGCAGCAGCAGUGGGUUUAAUAGGCAGUCACUCUGGUACAUAGUUUUUAAAAAUUGUCUUGGUUAUAAUAUUUGUGUCAUGCUUUGGAAAAUCGUUGUGUGUGUGUGUGUGUGUGUGUGCGCGCGUGUGUGUGUGUGUGCGCGUGUGUGUGUGUGUGCGCGUGUGUGUGUGUGUGCGCGCGUGUGUGUGUGCGCGCGUGUGUGUGUGCGCGUGUGUGUGCGCGUGCGCGCGCCGUGACAACGGGCCUUUUCCACAGCAGAAUUGUCUUAGUAGGAAAAGCACAGGUGUUACUAACGACAUUAAUGAUGGCUGUUAUAUUCAAGUGUCCCAGUAAGCCAUGACAGUGAACCAGCAUGAACAACACAAGGACCCUGAAACUGAAGCUGCUAAAUGGAAUUCAACCACCACUGAUUUCAUUAUUUACACCUGUACUUUGCCUACUGUGACAUGUCAAAAUGUCUUCUAUGAAAGAGGGCUAUCAAGGAAGGUACUAAAUCUCUGCCCCUGUUAAAACUCUGAAAUUUAGCUUUUAAUUUCUGCACUUUUCUUUGUUUUCAAAAGAUUGGGACACUUAUGUUUCACUCAGGAUUUUGAUUUGAAGAUUUAUUUUACACAUGAUCUUUAAUGCACUUAUUUUGUUGAAAUUUUGCACAUGAAACCAUUCCCUAUUACAGUACGUUGUACUGUAAAAUAGAAAAGAUGGGCAAAUGAGAAUCGUUUCUCAUUUGCUGCCUUUCUGCUGUUGAUUGACCCAAAGAGGGACAUGUGAAGUCCUGAGAUGACAUUGCUGACAUCCGGUUUGAUUCUACCACAUGUGCCUGAGAUGAAACGUUUGCUUUUCAUUUGCUUUGUACAUAUAUGUAUACAAAUGACUAGUUUGAUCUUUGUUUUCAUAUGUUCAUGUCCUUAUCAGAAAAGAUAAAUCACAAAUGGUUUUACAGAAUCAUCCUAAUAUAGCCAUGGUCUUUGAGUUGAUUGGAGCACAGGUCUAUGAUCACUUCUUGGGGUCAUAAACACUAAAAUAAAAUGAGAUUGGAGGCAGACUGAUUCCACAUGAGAAAUACGAUUUUGAAGUGCAUGUGAAACUCCAAAUGUGUGUAACUGCAAUAGGGAUAGAGCUGGAGAUACAGUUUAUAAUAUCAUGAGGAAUCAAUUUAAGAAUAAUAUUGAUUCAGGUAUACACUUACUUGAAAGUGUUAAAUUGCAUAUGGUGGAUCAACCCACAUCGCUGAACAGCCAACACACAGUGCCAUUAAUCAUUCUGAUGGGCUGUUUUGUAAUACUAUAAGCCAGCUAUUUCAUUCCCAUAGAGAUUUGAGCUUUUAUUUGUUUACAGAUACAUUUACACUAACUUAUCAAGGACUGGAAAGAAGAGAGCAAUAAUGAGACAAAAAUGUAGCCUCAGUAACGACCUUUCAGUCCUUCAUGGCUCAAGCAGAUUGUAAAUAAUGAACAUUUGCGCUCCCAGCAUGAUUUAUUGUGAACAUAUGGGGAGCUGUAACAGGUUUGACUACAUCGGCAGAUUUAUCUCCACACAUACGUAUAUUUGCCUUUUGUUAUUGCCACAAGAAUUACAAGUUUAUUGCAGCCUCCAUCUUCCCCACAGUAUCAUCCUCUUUAGGAUGUACAGUGGCACAUUGUUCGACCGGAGUAGCAUUAAUCAGUAGAUGAGUCCAGUCUGGCAUCUUCUUGAAGACGUGGGGAUGAUGAUGACAGAGAAUUUAUUUCUUCUUGACAGAGGGUCUUGGCUUAAGGUAUUAACUCAACAAGUCAUCUGUGAUUUGUCAUCCCUGUCUGCACUAAUGGAAACUGACUUAUCGUAUCAGCUAUCCCAUGACCAGGAAAAAUAUAAUUGCCUGAAACAUGAGACAGGCGAUUCAUGUCUUGUAUCCAUGCUAUUUCAUGUCUGGGUCUAGUAUUCAUUGAGGUGCAUUUAGAGGUACGCUACAAAGUUGUAAGUUAAUGACUGAGUUUACAAAACCUAUUACAGAUACAAAUCCCUGGUAACCUCAGUCUUUUACUUAAAUAACUUCUAUGUUUCAGUUUGCAGUACACUGCAGGAAGUCGUGAUCAGCCACUGUGCGUGCAUGCAAUGCUGUCACCCUCGUCCAGCUUUGAAAUACAUGAAUCAGACAUGGCCUCCCACAUUAACUAGGACUGGUAAGAAGAAAACAAACAACGUAGGGAACUAAAAACAUGCAACUUACGACCCAAAGUGUGUCGAUCAACUAAACUGGAUCCAGAUUUUUAAGAUUGAUACACAACAAAAAGUACAGAAAAACUAAGUGUUAUAAAUGUAUUUCUGAGGGAGGGAAAACUUCUUUUCCAUUUCUGCUCACAAUGUAAAUAAAAGCUUCAUGCCAUGAUGUUUAUUUACCAAUAAAAGCAACAUACAUGUAAAUACUGCUGGGUACAAAUUGAUAAUGUACUACAAAUGUGUAUUUAAGGCAAAUAAAGUCAUUUGUACAGGGAA